AUGUGGCUGGGACUCUGCCGUGGUUGUCGUCGUCAUUUACUGGACGCGACAUUAAGUUAUUUGGAGAAACUAGGGAGCAUGCAAUCCCACUCCAAGAGAGUGAAUCCAGGAGAAUCUAUUGUUUCAAAUUCCAGAUCUGAGGACGGUAUGAAUGAGGAAGAUGCUGCGGCUGCCAAACAAACAUCAAGUACUCUACCUCUGCACCCAGAUAGAAAUCAUGGAGUUGACGGUCAGAAUCAGUUUGCAUCAACUGUACAGCCAAGGAUCGAAGGCCUUAUGCAGCCCCCACAGCUUGAACUUGUUGGGCACUCAAUUGCAUGUGCUUCAAAUCCUUGCGAUCCAUAUUAUGGAGGAAUUAUGGCGGCUUAUGGUCAACCUUGGGUUCCACCUCACUUAUUUGACUUGCAUCCUGCAAGGAUGCCAUUGCCCCUGGAGAUGGAGCAGGAGCCUGUUUAUGUCAAUGCCAAGCAGUACAAUGGGAUCCUGCGAAGAAGGCAGAUGCGUGCUAAAGCCGAGCUUGAAAAGAAAUUGAUAAAAGUUCGAAAGCCUUAUCUUCACGAGUCCCGACACCAACAUGCUUUGAGGAGGGAAAGAGGAUCGGGUGGGCGCUUUACAAAAAAGUCUGAUGCAGCUACUUCGAAGGGGGAAGAUUCUGGUUCAACAGUCUCAUCACAAUCUAUCAGUUCAUCAGGUUCCAAAGCAUUGCCCGUCAAAUCUAGUGAAGCAAAUGUGCCCAAGGCUCAGAAUGCACGCAACAAUGAUGCCUGCAGUUUCAGAAAUCAAAGUAACGAGCAGGAGCCAGCAUAUCAGACAGGGGAAGGACGUACAUCAGGCCAGCAGUGGGGAAACAUCCCGUCCAACCAUGCAUUUGCCAUGAAGUAA